AAACGAAACAAGCAGGAAGGUGCGAGAAUCCAACCUCCGAGCAAGAAGAUGGACGCCGGAGCGCCCCCUGUAGACGACACGUCCAACGCCGCAUCGGCUAGUGACCAGGUCGCCGCCGAAGAGCCGCAAGGGCCGCAGGCUGACCCUCGGUACCCGCUCAAAGUCCAGUACUGCUCGGUGUGCACCCUGCCGGCGGAAGUGCAUGAGUAUCAUUCGCGAAAUCAGUUUCAAAAAUGCAAGGAGUGGUUGCGGAAGCACGCGCCGGAACACUUCCCGGACAUGUUCCCCGACGAAAUUGCGGCGCGUCUAGAGGCCGUUCGCAUCGCGGAGGAGUCUGGAAACGCAGUCGUCAUGCCUGGUGCGGACGAGGACGAGGACGAGGAUGCCAUUAAGGUUGCCGUUCCUAUCGAGCAGAAGACGAGCGGCGGAAAGAAAAAGAAGGCCGCCGCAGAGAUUGUCCUCAUGCUUGGCCAGCGGAAGGGUAAGAAGCAGGUCACGAUUGUGUACGGACUCGAUUUGUUCGGCAUCAAGCUAAAAGAGGCGGCGAAGGCGGCGAAGAGGAAGUUUGCGACGGGCUCGUCGAUCACAGUGUCGGCCGAUAAUCGUGACGUUAUCGAAAUCCAAGGUUCGAGGCAAGAAGACUUUGCCGAACUCGUCCAUAAGGAAUGGGGGGUUCCUAAAGAAGCUGUGUACAUUGUGAACGCGCAAAAGAAAAAGGUGAAAGCCUUUCCUUGAGGCUGUUGCAAAAUUGGAUGGAAAGGAAAAAGCCGCAUGGCUGCAUGGGUUGAGAUACAGGAGGAUUUCUUAACCGGAGGUGAAACUAUUCACUACUAGAGGCACAUCAGCUGUUUGAGUGCAGAAGUAACGAUAUAUGCAUCUUGGUGUUCACCGCGAAGGUCGAGUUGCAAUUGCACGGCGUGUUCCGGAAUGUGUUGUCCCCUGUCGUGGCGGGCAUCAGGCAAGUAGCGAUUGGCGAGCGCUUUUGCUUGAAGCAAUUGCUUUCGCGACAUGGUUGCCCCUCUUGUCGUCGGUUGUAAUGUCUGCGCAUCUAGUCGUAUUGCUUGAGCAUUUGAAGCCGCCUCCCGGGCAUUGCGCAAGGCGACGCGAAGCGAGUCCCGCACUUGCCGAGCGUUACUGUUUAAACUUGUUUUCUCCUGCAGGUUAGCUAACAUUGAUUGUCCACUUUGUAAAUCUGCAAGCUGUCUGUGUACAAGAAUAUGCCGUAGUCUUGCAGAUUCCUUGGCUUCGUCUAUCCUCU